GAGAAAAAUGGCAGCGCUCGUGCUGCGGCUUAGAACGGGAAGGUUUUCUGAGAUGCCGGUGAUGCGGGGGCGCCUGAGCCGAAAUUACACCACAUCCCAGGCCUUUGCUGAGGUGCUACGGAUGCCGAAGAGGCAAAUGACGAAGCUAAUAUACCCGCUGCAGGAACUCGAGCGGUACCUAGCACCAGACACGAGGCCAGAUCUUCAGCUGAGGGUCUUCGACCCGAGCCUGGAGGACAUCGCGAGGGCGGAGAGCAUCUUCACGGCCACCGUCAGCAACCGCAUCGAAUACCUCAGCUCCGCAGUCCGCCUAGACCACGCCCCGGACCUCCCCCGGCCGGAGGUAUGUUUUAUAGGCAGUAGCAAUGUUGGCAAAUCCUCCCUCCUAAAGGCUUUAUUUUCUCUGGCCCCUGAGGUUGAAGUCAGAGUCUCCAAAAAACCGGGACACACAAAGAAAAUGAAUUUCUUCAAAGUUGGGAAACAUUUUACAUUGGUGGACAUGCCAGGUUAUGGCUACAGAGCACCUGAAGAUUUUGUAGACAUGGUAGAGACCUAUCUAAAAGAACGAAGGAAUUUGAGGAGAACAUUUUUAUUAGUGGAUAGUGUUGUUGGAAUUAAAAAGACAGACAAUAUUGCCAUUGAAAUGUGUGAAGAAUUUGCACUGCCUUAUGUGAUGGUAUUAACAAAAACUGACAAAUCUUCCAAGGGACAUCUUUUAAAACAAGUACUUCAGAUACAGAAAUUUGUUAAUAUGCAAACACAAGGAUGUUUUCCUCAGUUGUUUCCUGUAAGGCAUUCUUAAUGCUCUCUGAAUGAACAGAUGGCCAUGAUGGAGUAAAAAUGAGUAAGUCCAAUUAACCUAAGUUUACUUUUUUUUUUUUCCCAAUGAACUUUGCCCACAUAACAAAAGCAAACAGAAUUGCAGUUUGAAUAGAUCCCACUUUUAGCCCUCUAUGGGUGCUGCACUUCCAUUUUAAAGAGAGGUGACUUGAAUGUAUAUAUUUUUGCCCUAAACGUCAGCAGAAAAGAAAA